AUGGCCAACAAAGAAAUAACCCUAGGCCCCAUCGACGCGGGCGAUUUGCGCAGGCAUAGCAUUGGCACAGUUGAGAUUCAAGAUGCGCAAGGCCGGCGCAGGACUGUCCAAUUGGACGAGUUGAGUGCGGCCGACAGAGCCCUCGCCGAGCAGUUCGGAUACAAGCCGGUUUUCAAGCGCGAGUUUGGCUACCUCUCCACCUUUUCCUUCGCCGUCAGCAUUUCCGGGCUGUUUGCGACCACCGCGACCACCUUCAUCUAUCCGCUCGAGGCUGGAGGAUCUGCCUCUGUCGUGUGGUGCUGGCUAAUCUCAGGUGCUGGAUGUUUAUGCAUUGCCUUUUCCGUUGCCGAGCUGGUCUCUGCCUACCCGACCUGUGGUGGCUUGUACUACACCGUUUCUCGACUGGCUCCGAAGCAAUGGGUCCCCUCCAUUAGUUGGAUUGUUGGAUGGAUCAAUCUCCUUGGACAGGUUGCCGGUAUAGCCUCCUCGGAGUAUGGCUCCGCUCAGCUUCUUCUGGCUGCAGUUUCCAUCGGUCGCGACUUUCAAUGGUUCCCCACCACCAACCAGACGGUUGGAGUCAUGGCAGCCUUGACUGUGCUAUGCGGCUUUGUCAACUCUCUUUCGACCUAUUGGAUGGAGAAAAUGACAAAGACCUAUGUUAUUUACCAUUUUGGAGUCCUGAUUGCUUGUUCGAUCGCCCUCCUCGCUGUGACAGACAACAAACAUGACGCAAGUUACGUUUUCACUCAUGUCGAGGGAAGUGCCGGGUGGACACCGAUCGGGUGGUCCUUCUUGUUCGGCUUUUUGUCAGUUUCGUGGACGAUGACAGAUUAUGAUGCUACAGCCCACAUUACCGAGGAAAUCAACGAGCCCGAGAUCAAAGCUCCGUGGGCCAUCUCUCUUGCGAUGAUUUGCACCUAUGUCCUCGGAUGGCUCUUCAAUAUUGUCCUCUGCUUCUGCAUGGGAGAUGCGGCCGAGAUUCUUGCCUCCCCGAUCUAUCAACCAGUUGCCCAGAUCUUCUACAAUUCUUUGGGGAAGGGGGCCAGCAUUUUCUUCACCGUUUCCGCCUUCCUCAUCCUACAGUUUGUCUGCUGGACGGCAACGCAGGCGUUGGCACGCACCGUGUUUGCUUUCUCCCGUGAUCGGCUAAUUCCCUUCUCCAAGGUUUGGACCAUCAUCAACCGAUGGACGGGGACACCACUUUACGCGGUAUGGAUCAGCAUCUUCUGGUGCAUCGCCAUCAACCUGAUUGCUCUGGGCUCGUACAUCGCGAUUGCGGGCGUAUUUAAUGUGUGCGCCAUUGCUCUGGACUGGUCCUACGUCAUUCCCAUUGUCUGCAAGCUCGUCUUCGGCAAAUUCGAACCCGGUCCAUGGCAUUUGGGUAAAUUUUCCUUCGCCGUCAAUGUGUGGGCUUGUGUGUGGACCUUCUUCGUCACCAUCAUCUUCCUCAUGCCAACCAUCAGACCGGUCACGGCUGAUAAUAUGAACUACGCAAUAGUCUUCUUGGCAUUCAUCCUGCUCUGUGCCAUUGUCUACUGGUACCUCCGCGGCAAGACGUUCUAUCACGGUCCAAUUAUUGAGGCGGAGAUCCACGACGAGGAAGUGGACAGCUCUAGCUCUGCAGUCGAGCAGGACGAGAAGAAGGGCGACCUGCGAGAUCGAACUGUGAAUUCUGAUGUUAUUGCCUAA